AUGGCGACGGAACGACGAAUAAAGUCUUUGAAGCUGCGACAGCGCAGCAUCCAAACGUCUUUCGACCUCAUCAAGGCGUUUGUCGACAAUUAUGAGGAUGAUACUGAUGCUUGUCAAGUACCGGUGAGACUAGAGCACCUUGCAUCGCUCUGGUCCGAUUUCAAUAAAGUUCAGGCAGAACUCGAAUCACUCGACGAAACCGGCAUCGAGCAACAAUUCAAACAUCGAUCCAGCUUUGAAUCUGCUUAUUAUAAAGUGAAGGGUUUUUUACUAACCCUUAAUAAAACGCCUGUUACACCGUGCGCUUCUGGUUCUCCUUAUGCUGGUCAUUUCCCUCCAUCGGCUUCGCACGUGCGCUUGCCCGAUGUCAAACUCCCAGUGUUCAGCGGGAAUCUAGAUAACUGGCUAAAUUUUCACGAUUUGUAUCUGUCGCUGGUUCAUUCAUCCGCCGAACUUUCCAACAUUCAGAAAUUCUACUACUUACGCUCUUCGCUAUCUGGGGACGCAUUAAAAUUGAUCCAAACCAUCCCCAUUAGUGCCAACAAUUAUGUAGUCGCUUGGAACCUACUGGAAGAUCACUAUCAGAAUCCUGCAAGGUUAAAGCAUACUUAUGUGGAUGCUCUUUUCGAAUUCUCAACUAUUAAACGUGAAUCCGCAUCGGAACUGCAUUCGCUGGUGGAAAAAUUUGAGGCAAACGUUAGAGUGCUACAACAGCUCGGCGAGCAAACACAGUGUUGGGACAUUUUACUUAUUCGAAUGUUAAGUAUUCGAUUAGACCCAACGACGCGGAGAGAUUGGGAAGAAUAUGCAUCGACCAGAGACGCAAUUUCUUUUCCUGAUCUUACAGCCUUCAUUCAACGUCGCGUGACGGUGCUCCAAAAUAUGCAAUCUAAUUCCGCUGACAUUGUAUUAGCUUCCAAUGUUAAAAAGGGAAACAUUCGCCCUGUAGCCAGUCAUGGAGCAAAUUAUUUUAAUUCUCGGAAAUGUAUCAUGUGCAACGAAAAUCAUGCUAUAUAUCAGUGCUCCAAAUUCUCAAAACUACGCUUGGAGGACAAGGAAAAGGAAGUACGUCGUCUUCAGUUAUGCCGCAACUGCUUACGUCGGGGUCAUAUGGUCAAGGAAUGUUCAUCAUCCAGCGAAUGUCGUAAAUGCCAAGGUCAUCAUCACACUCAACUGUGCUCAAGUGUCGCGUGCGAACAGAAGUUAUCGAACUCACCUACGUCCCAAGCUACUUUUUCUCAAGCAACCGAGCAAUCAAGAUUACCGUCAGUGUCUGCCACGCUCACCGACUUAGUGAGCCACGCUUCGUCAAGUCACAAGAGCCAUUGUGUAAUUUUAGCCACUGCAGUUGUCAUUUUAGUUGAUGAAAAGGGCAAUCGUCAUCCUGCUAGAGCAUUAUUGGAUUCUGGCAGCGAAUGCUGCUUUGUAACUGAUCGUCUUGCUCAAUCACUUCGAGUGCAGCGCAAACGGACAUUCGUGCCGGUCGCAGGAAUCGGUCAGUCGUCUACCAAUGUUCGUCAGAAAUUUUUAACUACUAUACGAUCACGCAUUAGCGACUAUAGUGCCAACGUAGAGCUUCUAGUCUUACCUAAACUAACUGUAGACCUGCCAACCGUUUCGGUAGACAGUACGUCGUGGCAAUUUCCUCCGGACAUACAGCUGGCUGAUCCUAAUUUUUGUAGAUCUAACCCUGUCGAUCUAAUUUUAGGUGCCGAAGUCUUCUUCGAUUUAUUUAAAGUAACAGGACAAAUUUCGCUAGGCAACGGUAUGCCUGUUCUUAUAAACUCCGAGCUAGGUUGGGUAGUAUCAGGAAGGACUACAACCUGUCAGCGUAUUACACCAGUCAUUGCUAAUGUUGCAACCAAUGUCGAUUUACAUAAUCUAAUGGAAAAAUUUUGGGCAUUAGAAGAAGAUUACAAAUCACCAUGCUAUUCUGCAGAAGAAGCUGCUUGCGAGGAACAUUUUCGCCAAACCGUGGCUCGUAUGUCUGAAGGGCGGUACAUCGUAAGACUUCCUAUCAAACAGAACAUUUUAGCCAACUUGAGUGAUAAUCGUAAUACGGCUAUCAGACGCUUCUAUGCAUUGGAGCGACGAUUAAACUUGGAUAAAGAGUUGGGUGAACAGUACAAGUGUUUUUUGGAUGAGUAUUAUGCUCUUCAUCACAUGCAACGCGUUGCAAAUCCACAUGAGAUAACCGUGCCAUAUUUUCAUCUUCCCCACCACGCUGUUGUUCGGGAUAGUAGUUCAACAACAAAAGUACGAGUCGUGUUUGAUGCCUCGUGCAAAUCAGCUAACGGGCCGUCCUUGAACGACGCUCUUUUGGUAGGCCCUAUCGUGCAGGAGGAUUUGAGGUCAAUUAUUUUGCGCUCUCGCAAACAUCCUGUGAUGCUUAUCGCAGACAUUAAGCAAAUGUAUCGGCAGAUAUUACUUCAUGAAAGGGAUACCCCACUUCAACGUAUCAUUUGGAGAGAUUCCAGCGACGCUCCUCUCAACACCUUCGAACUGAAAACCGUUACGUACGGUACUGCGUGUGCGCCGUUCUUAGCCACACGAGUGUUAAAACAAUUGGCUAAUGAUGAAAGAACCAACUUUCCCGAAGCCGCUGAAACGCUUGGUAAAGAUUUUUAUGUCGACGAUUUAUUCACAGGCGCGUCGAAUAUCGAUGACGCGAAAACGUUGCAAAGGCAACUGGAAGGUUUAUUAGCCAAAGGCGGUUUCGAACUACGUAAAUGGGCUUCCAAUGAAGAAACUGUUCUGGAAGGAAUCCCCGAAGAAAAUCGUGCAUUGCAAGCAUCCGUCGACCUAAAUUUGAAUCAGUGUAUCAAAACACUUGGCAUUCACUGGGAACCAGCAUCAGACGUUCUGCGGUACCGAAUUAAUCUAGCGAUGCCGGCUACCCCACUCACCAAACGUGUUGCACUAUCUCAAAUCGCUCAACUCUUCGAUCCCCUCGGUUUACUAGGUCCGGUCGUCACAACAGCGAAACUUUUCAUGCAAUCUCUAUGGAUGAUGAAAAACGAUGACGGAAGUCUUUGGGGUUGGGAUCAAGUGCUUCCGACUUCGGAGAUUGAACGUUGGACCAACUAUCAUUCUCAGCUGCCUCGCUUAAACGAACUGUACAUCGAGCGCUGUGUGUUGUGUGCAAAUCCAACUACAAUACAACUACAUUUCUUCAGUGAUGCAUCGGAGCAUGCUUAUGGAGCAUGCGUAUAUGUGCGCUCUACCAACAAAGAAAACGCAGUCAAGGUGGCAUUGCUAACAACAAAAUCCAAGAUAGCUCCACUAAAACAGCAAACUAUUCCUCGGCUCGAACUGUGCGGAGCAUUACUAGCGACUCAGCUGUAUGAAAAGGUUAACUCGUCAUUACAGCUUCCUGUUCAAACCCAUUUCUGGGUAGAUUCCACGACAGUACUUUGUUGGCUUAAAUCACCACCCGCAACGUGGACCACUUUUGUAGCUAAUCGAAUGUCCAAAAUCCAACAAACGACUUCCAAUUGUACCUGGCGACACGUAGCAGGGAAGGAAAAUCCCGCAGACCACAUUUCACGAGGCAUGUCCGCGGAUAUGCUGCUACAAUGUGACCUUUGGUGGCAUGGACCUGCAUGGCUGCUUCGCAAAGAAACCGAUUGGCCCGCGCAAACUUCAUUUGUCAUCGAAAACCCUGAUGUAUUACGUGAAUCACGAAGGGUCAAUUGUGCGGCAACACCAAUGGCAAGCUAG